UAGAUCUACAUUUUGGUCAAGCUGGUAGAGAUGAGGAAGUACAACACAAGCAGAAGAAGAUGGAGACUCGAGACUACGAUAUGGCCGUUGCCCCAGUCCUGACCCCUUCAUCCCCUCCCGCCACAGCGGAGCUGCCGCCCGCUGAAGUCCGGGAUGUCACUGUCGGGGAUCAAUUCAUUGGUCAGGCGGAUGUAGCUGACAUACUGAAACAAAAGCGGAGGCAAAAGGACUAUGAUAUGGAUAUGGCUCUUUCUUUCGUUCAACUCGAGCCUGUCAAUGCGGCUAGCCAAACUUCCUCCCCGUCCCUCGGGAAACCAUUGAGUCCGCCAACAUUCACAUCUCAAACAGGAUCGUUCGUUUCUCCUUCCAACGAAAGCGGUGUGGACGCGAUGUUUCCAAUCGGAUGGGAGAGGACCCGCCUUAAGAACACGCAGCCCGUUAAGUGCGUAGUAGUGGGCGAUGGAGACGUUGGAAGGACCUGCCUUCUGAUAUCCUAUAUCAACAAUGCGUUUCCAGGCGAAUACAUUCCUACAGUUUUUGACAAUUAUGUGGUGUCUGUAAUGGUAGAUGACAAGGUCAUAACUCUCGGACUCUGGGAUACUUCUGGUCAGGAAGAUUACGACCGUUUGCGACCAUUGUCAUACCCCCAAACUGACGUUUUCUUGAUUUGCUUUUCGCUCGUUUCCCCUCCGAGCUUCGAAAAUGUUCGAACGAAGUGGUGGCCGGAAAUCUCGCACCACGCACCUGCGACGCCAAUUGUCCUCGUAGGCACCAAGUUGGAUCUUCGGGAUGACCCCGUAACAGUAGAAAGACUCCGAGAACGUCGAAUGGCUCCCAUAUCCUAUCAAGCUGGUGUUACGAUGCAAAAGGCCAUAGGCGCUGUGAAGUACCUCGAAUGUUCUGCCCUUACACAGAAGGGUUUGAAGAAUUUAUUUGAUGAAGCUAUACGAGCGGUCCUCAAUCCACCGUCAAAACGACCCACUAGGAAGGACCCUAUGUGCGUUAUCAUGUAAUAGGAGUCGAAUUUAUGCUACUUCCCAUUGGCAUUACUGGCAUUUACUAGUUCAGCUAUCUCUUCUCGGUUCUGGGUACAUAUACUUAUUUCCUGACUCAAUCAUCUGCUUAACAUUCCUCUUGGGGAUCUUCCCAUCUCCGCGAUACAUCGCAACAGGCGAAGAUAUUUCCACUCCUGCCUCCGACAUUAUACAGGCAACGCAACAGAGCAUCUGUUACUAGCCGGUUGAUCCAAUGUGGUUUGGCAAAUUUAUUUUUUUCCUUUGUACUUUGUUUAGGA